AUGUCUCCGAAAUCAGAAAGUCGGAAGGCACCACAACUAGGUGGUGAGGAUCUAGUCCCUUUUGACCAUGCUGCUGCUGGACAUGAUGGUGUACGCUGUACGUCUUCUGGCGCCCUGAUCGCGAAACCAUGCACGCGGCAGGAGGUAGAAUUCUACGAAUCCAGCGCGCUCCACCCGGCACUCCGGGGGUUUAUGCCCCUCUACAUCGGAUCCCUCUCAUCUUCCGAGCAACAGCAACCGCUGGCGAUUGCUGCCGCCCGAGAAUCUGGCGUCCUUCCCCUCCCGAACUCUGGCGACGUAGCCACCGAUUCCUCCCGUCCUAGCCAACCACCGUCGCACACAACCACCGCGCACGAAGACGGCGCUGUCCCGGCCAAGGAAGAAGCAGCAUGGGUUCCUUCUGGGGGCAAGGAAAUUGAUACUGGCUUAUCGAUCGUGCUGGAGAACAUUGCCUGUGGGUUCCGGCGCCCGAACGUGCUGGACGUUAAGCUCGGCGCGCGUUUAUGGGCUGACGAUGCGCCGCUCGAGAAGCGGAAAAAGCUUGAUGCUGUCUCUAAGGAAACGACCAGCGGCAGCGUUGGAUAUCGCAUCGCGGGUAUGAAAGUCUGGACUGGCCACAAUGGGGAGACCGAUGAGGGCGACCGGACAAAUCCGUAUGCUACGAAAUACGAGGGUGCAGAGGGCAAAAAGGGCGAGGUCAUUGAGAAGGAUGGCUAUCGGCGAUAUGAUAAGUGGUACGGUCGCUCUUUCAAUGAGAAUAAUGUCAAGCAAGGCUUUGAGACCUUUCUUGCUGGCGCAAAGGUGGGCAAGAUAGACCGAUCAAAGAUGGUCGCCCAGCGCUUGGCGCAAGAAUUGAAAAAUUUACAACGGGUUCUAGAAUCCGAGGAGAGCCGGAUGUACUCUGCGAGUGUGCUGGUGGUCUACGAAGGGGAUAUAGAAGCGAUGGAGCACGCAAUCGAAGAGGAACAAAAAGCCCCAGCACCCCGUUCUCGGGAAGAAGAAGAGGAUGACGACGAUGAUGAGGAAUUUGAACUUCCCGAAGAAGCCUUGGAGCUGGUCAAUGUCCAGCUUGGUGAUGGGAUGCCUCAACAAGCUAUCAAUAUCAGCAUUGAUCCCGAAACCAUGCAAAUACCCGAGGACGAUGACGAGGAGGACGAAACUCCUAAAGUCCAUGCCCUCCGCCUGAUCGAUUUUGCACAUGCCAGUUGGACCCCUGGGCAGGGCCCGGAUGAGAAUGUUCUCAAGGGUGUGCGCAGCCUCGUCAAGGUCUUUGAGGAACUCGCAGAGUGA